AUGACAGUGGGACAGGGCGCGACCGUGGGUGGCGCUGACAUUCUGCGGCCGGCGCUGGACACCAAGCAGUACCAGUUCGUCACCUUGGACAAUGGACUCCGCGCGCUCCUGGUCCACGAUCCCCACGUAGCGAAGUCCCUCGAGCAUCGAGGAAGCGAUGGCGCUGGGGAUGGCGAGAUGGAGAGCGAGUCGGGCUCUGUGGGCAGUGAAUUGGACGGCUCGGACGACGGGAGUGGUUCGGAGGACCCCGAGAUGGACGAGGGCGAGGACGAGGACGGCAGCGCGGGGCCAGCCGGCAAGAAACCGGCCGCUGGCGGCGAGCGUGCGAAGACGAAGGCUGCCGCGGCGCUGUCAGUUGGGGUUGGGAGUUUCUCAGAUCCACAGGACCUCCAGGGCCUCGCACACUACCUCGAGCACAUGCUGUUCAUGGGCAGCGCGCCGUUCCCCGAGGAGAACGGCUACGACGACUUCCUGUCCAAGCACGGGGGCUCGAGCAACGCCUUCACAGAUGCCGAGCAGACGACGUUCUAUUUCGACGUGAAUCCAGCGCACCUGCGCGACGCCCUGGACCGCUUCGCCCAGUUCUUCAUCUCCCCGCUCUGCCUCGCCGGGUCGCUCGAGCGGGAGGUCCAGGCCGUGGAGAACGAGUUCGCGGGGGUGAAGCAAACCGACGGCUGCAGGGCUGUCCAGCUCCGCUGCCACACCGCGAACGCGGGGCACGUGCUCAAGCUCUUCGGGUGGGGCAACCGGCAAAGCCUCUGGGACGGGCCCAGGGCGCAGGGGAUCGACGUCCGGGAGCGCCUCCUUGAGUUCUACAAAACGAUGUACUCCGCGGAGCGAAUGGCGCUGGUCGUGCAGGGCGGGCAGCCGCUGGAGCAGCUCCGCGAGUGGGUCACGGGGCUCUUCGCGCCCGUCCCCGCGGGCCGAGGGCCGCCCCCAAGGUUUGACGCGCUGGGCUCGCCGUUCGCGCAGCAGCCGCCGAAAAUGAUCGUGUUCCCGGCGGUGCGCGACACGCACACGCUGCAGCUGGUGUUUGCGCUGCCGUGCCUUGCGGACCGCUACGAGGCCAAGGGGGAGGAAUAUUUCGGACACCUCCUGGGGCACGAGGGGAGGGGGUCGCUGCUGGCCGCGCUGAAGCAACGCGGGCUCGCGACGGGGAUCUACGCCGGCACGGACGACAGCGGGUACGACAAGAACUCCGCCGCGCACAUCUUCGCGGUCCAGGUGAACCUGACGACCGCGGGCCUGACUCGGUACAAGGAGGUGGUGGCGCUGACGUUCCAGUACGUCGAGAUGCUGCGCCGCAAGGGCCCGCAGCGGUGGGUGUGGGAGGAGAUCCGGGACACGGCGCGCAUGCGCUUCCGCUUCGAGGACGACGACGCGCCAGCGGACUUUUGUGCCGAAGCCGCGUGCAACCUCCACAUGUACCGCCCCGAGCACGUGCUGUCCGGGCCGUACCAGUACGGAGAGUACGACGAGACGUUGCUCGUGCAGCUUCUCGAGCUGCUGCGCCCCACGGCCGAGGGCUGGCGCAUCGAGAUCCAGACCUCGGACAUCAAUGCUGUCCUGUUGCCCAGCGAUGGGAGCAGGGGGCACGAGCCCUGGUUCGACCUGGACUACGUCGUGCGCGACGUGGCGGCGGCCGACAUCGAGGAAUGGGCCACGGCCACGCCCGCGGAGGACCUCGCACUCCCCCCCCACAACUCGUACGUCCCCACGGACUUCAGUGUGCUGUCCCCGGAGCAGGACUGCGGCCCCGCGCCGCUGCACGCCAGCCCGGGCCCCGACGCCCCGCUGUGCAGCGCACCCGCGCUCCUCUCGGACACGCCGGGCCUGCGGGUGUGGCACAAGCUGGACGGGCGCUUCAAGCAGCCCAAGGCGUAUGCGUACUUUUGCGUUCACUCCCCCCUGACGGCAGCGGGCCCCCGGGAGCUCGCGGCGACGGCGCUGGUGCAGGAGCUCCUGCGCGACGCGCUCACCGAGGAGGCGUACAUGGCGGAGACGGCCAACCUGCUGUACCAUGUGUCGACGGACCCAGUGUUGGGACUCCAGGUCAAGGUCGAGGGGUUCACGCACCGCAUGCCGCGGCUGGUUGAGCAGAUCUUCGCGGCGCUGCGAGGCCUCGCGGGCCUCGUGGGGGCGGGGGACUUCGAGCGCGUGCGGGAGGACGUUGCGCGCAAGUACAAGAACGCCCACUUGAAGCCCGGGAAGCACGCGCUGUGGACGCGGCUGUACGCGAUCAAGCCGCUGGAUAUCGUCACGGCGGACACGCUCGAGCAGAUCGAGGCGCUCACGCUCGCGGAGGUCAUGCAGCACCUCGCGCGGCUGUUGUCUUCAUGUCACGUGGAGGCGCUAGUGAUUGGCAACGUCACCAGGGAGGGCGCGGCGCAGAUGGCGCGCACGGCGCGGGAGAUGCUGAGCGAGCAAGGUGGCGUCCUCACUGCCGACGCGCGCAGGGCCGACAAGGUCGUGCGACUCCCGGAGGGGUGUGCCAAGGUGGUGUCAGUUCCGGCAAAGAACCCCGCGGAAACGAACAGCGCGGUGGAGCUGUACCUGCAAGGCCCCCUCGACAGAUUCGUGGCGCCGAGGGACCGCGUGAUCGUGCACAUGCUCGAGAGCCUGCUCGACGAGCCGCUCUUCAACACCCUGCGCACCAAGGAGCAGCUGGGCUACGCCGUGCACGGCGGGUACAGGCUCACGCUGGGCGUGCUGGGAUACGGCGUGCAAGUUGUGUCCAGCCAACACGGCCCCGAGCUCCUGGAGGCGAGUGUGGAGGCGUUCCUGGCCAGUGCGCGCGACACCCUGGCGGGGAAGUCCGCGGAGGACUUCGAGAAGCAACGCUCCGCGGUUGCGCAGAGGCUGUCGAUGCGGGACCCGAACCUGUACGAGGAGGCCGAGCGGCACUGGUACCACAUCCUGCACAGGCGGUACCAGUUCUACAGCCGCGACGCCGAGCUGAGUCAGCUGCAGGAGGUGACCCUGUCUGAAUGCCUCGAGUGGUAUGACGCGUACAUCAAGCCGGGGUCGCCGCACCGGCGCAAGAUCAGCGUGCACGUGUGCGCCGCGGCGCACGCCACCGGCCGCGAGCCCUGGCACGCAGCUGCACAGAGGGACGGCCCCUCCGCAUCACUGACGCAAGUCUAUGCCGACGUCGCGGCCUGGCGCGCGGGGCUCGAGGCGAUGCCCAUGCUCGAGGGCGACGCCGUGGCGCCCUGGGCCAGCUAG